AUGCGGGCUCUCGCGCUGGCGCUGCUGGCUACGGCCAGCGCUGACGUCAUCUUCCGAGUGCCCACCGUCAUGGUGCAGCCGGAGUCGGUGCAGAAGAGAGUCGGCAUAGAGUCAAACGGCAGCCAGACGAACGACUCGCAGCCAUGGGCGGAGAGCGAGGUAGAAGUCAGCUACGAGGAGUACUUUGUAGAGCACGACGUGUCCACGGCGGACGCUAGGAAAGCGGCCAUCGCUCUAAACGUAGACGAAAUCCCGGAGAGCCUCGACGGCUGCGGCGAGUGCACGCGUCGCGAGAUGGAGUACUGCGAAACGCGGGUGCUGGCCGACCACUGCUGCUGCGAGCGGCGCUUCCUGCCCGAGCCCUUCCCAUGGCUGCCGCACACCUGCUAUGUGGGGCCGCACCGCUGCCGACCCCUGGCCCACGACUGCGUGCGCUACGCGAGGCUCCGGGACUGCUGCUGUUAUAAGCACCUCGCCGAACGAUGGAAGGGUAUCUUGUCCCGCUCUAGCCGCGUGGGCGUCGGCGGCAUUUCGCUGCUGCUGCUCUCGAUGCUGCUGUUCGUCGCGUACUUGUGA